CAGCGAGUGAGUUGUGGUUGUGUGAACUCGGCCCCAUCUGAGUCACGGAUAUGCAUAAUUCACUGGUUACCGAGUGAGUUAGGUUGAAGUAUAAAGGAGGCCUUGUCCGCUCGCGUAUUUGAGGUUGAAAGAUCAUCAAUUGACUUCAACUCCAAAAGAUCAUCCUCUCCCAUCACAGACAAAGAUCAUCCUCAUCACCCCACAGUCUAGUCUCUUUCGCGGACCAACCUCCUCACUGCUCAACUUAUAAUCAGUCACAAUCUUUCUCAAUCCUCUCUCCCUCAGCUCAUACUACUUUUUCAGUAGCCUCUCAAUAAUCGCCAAGAUGCAAUUCUUCACCCUUCUCUGCCUCGCCACCUCCGCCCUGGCCCUCCCUCAGACUCUCACCAAGCGAGAGACUUGUAUGGACAAGGGCAGCAAGGUCACUGAAUGGACGGUCAAGGACUUCAAGUACGAGGCCGUUUACACCCAAAACACUCCCACAAAGCAGACAAACUCUGCCACCGUCACUUUCACUCUUCAGAACCGCGGCGUUGGUUAUGAGGGUAAGUGCUCAGCCAAGUCCACAGACGCCAAGAAGGACUUCUUCACUGGUAACACCGACUACAAUUGCGAUGUUCCUUUCGAGGGCGACUCUGCUUCAUUCAAAUACAACCGCAAGUCCGGCGUCAUCGCCAUCUUCCAGCACUGGUCCUGCGUGAAAGAGGGCGGUUGGUACGAGGCCAAGGGCAACACAACCUUCACUCCCAAGUGCACCGAGAAGACUUGGAAAAACGCUCACUACAAGGCCGGUGGUGACAAGGCCUACUCCAACCGUCGGGUGACUUGCCAGCAGAAGCAGCUCAAGGUUCCUGUCCUCGAGAUGCAGGCUGUCCUGUAGGGGGGGGGGGGGGGGGCACUUUUCUCACGACACUU